AUGGCUCAUUUAUACCCUUUACCUACCAAUUAUAAACUAGUGUUCUUCCAUAAUGUAUGUUCCUUCACCGUAUGGUUCUGUUGCUUUGGUCGAUUUUUGGUGUUAUUACCUUUAGUUGGAAGAAAAUUCUUACCUGGGGGCAUUGCUGAUUUCUUUCAUAUAGUGUCAGUAUUACCAUUUAUAGGAUUUUUGUUGGUGAAAUCAUGUAUUGGGGUUGGUUUCAGUAAAUAUGACUUAUGGGCUUUGUUUAAUUCCAUCAAGAUGAUUUGGAUAUGUUAUGGUGUCAUUUUCCCUCAUCCUAAGAUUGCUAAGCAUACAUCUUAUUCAUUCUUGAUUUCUUCAUGGUGUAUAAUGUAUAUGAUUCAUUAUAGUUAUUAUGCUUUCAGGAUUAAGACCAAAAGCUCCCCAAAGUUCUUAUUUUGGUUGAAUUUCCAUCAUCAUUACUUCACUUUUCCAGUGGCUAUAAUAUCAGAAAUGAUCUUGGUAUUCCUUUCACUUGGAUUUGCUGAAGAAAAUCUGUGGGUGGAAAUAGGUUUGAAGUUCACUAUGUUGGCAUAUAUCCCAAUAGGUUAUUUUCAAUGGGAAUAUCUUAAUGGUCAAAGAUUAAUUCGUUAUAAUGAUUUGAAGAAAAAAAUAGAAUCAAGUUCCACUAGAAAUGAUGAUGGAACACCACCAAGAAAUACUUCAUUGAGUCCACUUCAAAAUCAAGAAGAUAUCCAGCUCAGAACCAUACCUAGUAAUUCUAGGUCGUAA